AUGCUUUUAGACAGAACCAAGAAGAUGGGAAGCCAUUUUUUCCAUGAAUUCAAAAGGCAAGCUUCUCUCUUCUUCAAGGAGAAGAUCAAGACCGCUCGCUUGGCACUAACAGACGUUACGCCAGCGGAACUGUUGACGAAGUUUGAUAGAAAAACUUGGCGCGUUACCUACAAGACUCUACUCGUGUUAGAACACCUUCUAACCCAUGGUCCUUUAAGAGUUGCUGAUGAAUUUCCGUGCGAUAAAGAAGUCAUUAAGAAGUUGGAAAGCUUUCAACUGGUUGACGAGAAAGGAUUCAACUGGGGCUCGUGUGUCAGAAACUUAUCAGCAAGAAUACUUAAGUUGCUGGAAAGUGAGCCAUUUCUGAAAGAAGAAAGGGCAAGACUUCGUAAGUUAACACAAAGGAUUCAAGGGUUUGGUAGCUUCCCCCAGCGAUCCCUUUCACAUGAUGAGAAUUUCAAAGACUUGGGCCAUUGGACAUGCAAAAGGUCUAAGUCUAACUAUAGUGAUGAAAACAAUCAAGAAUACAAGUUAUUGGCCUCGGAUGACUACUUUUUGAUGGAGGAAAGGAUCCACAAACCAGAGAAAAUCUAUGAUGAUAUCAGCCCAGAACUUGAUGACAGUGGGAAAAUAAGAGGAGGAAUAUGCAAUGGAAUUAGAUCAUCCAUUCUGCUACACUGA